AUGCGGCGCUCGCGUGAGGAGAGCGCGAUCGAUACCGCCACCCCCUCCCCGCUGCGCCCCCCCCGCACACCUCCCGCCCUGAGCCGCGCAGACAUCGGUGGCACGCCGUCGCCGCCGAACGUCCCUCUCUACCGACUCAAGGUCGCCCACCGAAAUAGCCGACGCACUCGGAGCGGUUUUAUUUUCGAUUAUUACGCGACGCCCCAAGGCCGCGCAGAUGCCACCGGUCGCGCGACCCAACGGACGCGCGCCAGUCGCGACAUAAUAUACGGGAACGGUGUUGCAGCUGCCCCGAUGGCCUCCAAAGUCCUAGUGCCGGCGGCGCCCUUCGCCAAGCUGCAGGUGAAGAAGUCACCACCAGAGGCCACUGGCAGCGGGUUCUUCGUCAGCGGCGAUGCGGCCGCGAGGGUGGCGCACCUGGAGCACAGCGUGCGCUUCCUCCAGGAGCAGCACCGGCUCAUGCUGAGCGGCCUCCACGCCGAGAUAGAGGCGCUGAGGGAGAGGAACAGAGAUCUACAGUUCCAGUUGAUAUUCAAUAAGGACACGUCGCCAAAGACCAACCCUCCUGCUGGCGAGGAGACGGCCGAAAAUAGCGAGGAGACGCACCUACGCGCUGAGGUGUGUCGGCUGGAGCGGGAGGCGGCGGCCGCGAGAGGCGAGGCGAGGGCCGCAGAGGCGCGUGCUCUGCAACUACAGCGCCUACUCGACGCGCAAGCUGAGAGGUUGCGCUCGCUCGAGUCGCGUGCGUCAUGCGCGGGGUGUUCUGGGUCUGCGGGGGCGGCGGGGGCGACGGGGGUGUCUGGGGUGGCGGGGGUGGCGGGGGGCGGAGGCGCGGCGCCGGCGGGGGGCGGCGCGGAGGGCGGGCCGGAGAGCCGCGGCGAGCUGCGCGCGCGGCUCGCCGACGCCGAGCGGCUGGUGCGCCGCCUCCGCUCCGACGCCGAGCGGCAGCGCAGAGAGGUACACGGCGGCGCGGCGGCCGCGGGCGGCGCGGUCACGAACCUCUUGUUCGACGGCGCCGCCGCCACGCAAGCACACUUGCAGUGCAUGAAGAGCUCCCUGCACGCGAGCCUGCGCGCUGGCGGAGUGCUCGACAACUUCGGCUUCCAGAACACUUACCACUUCCCCGCCCUGCAAGACUUCUGGGCGGAGCCCGUCAGAGAAGAGGCGCCGAGGGGGGCGCGCCGGCGCCCUCUCGCGCUGCCCGAGCUCGCGCCGCACCGCGCCACUAUCUUCGCCAACGCACACGCUCGCGGCCGCGGCUACGGCUACGAGAAGAGCAAAAAGCAACCCAUCGGGGACGCAGCCAACAAACCGCCCGAGGAGCCCCAAGACGCGCCCCGAUUAAAAGAGUUAAGCAAUGAAAAUUUGUCGAAAGCGAACGAUAGAUCGCGAGUGGACUCUAUGACCACGUAUCCAGAGUUGAAAAUUGUCGUUACAAAAAUGAUACCGCACGGAAAGGUGUGCGCAAACGGUGCUGGAAGCACGGGCGGGGGUGGGGGCGGGGGCGGUGGCGAGGCCCGGCCGAGGCAACGCCGCCACCACCACCGAAAGCACACCACCGACCACACG